AUGUUAGCAAGGAAUAGAUUGUUUGUUAAUAGGGCUGGUAGUGCGAUACCUGAGGGAUUCCAGAGGCGCCUGCUGAAUAAUGGCAAUUUAAGGCUGAAACUGGGUCAGUACCAUUUUGACACCAGGAAGUUUGCCCUCCAGUUGGAACAGCAAGGAUUCACACAAACGCAGUCAGAGGCGGUUCUCAAAGCAUUGGCAUCGGUACUGGAUGACAGUGUAGAACAUCUGUCAGCAAAUCUGGUUUCUAAGGAAGAAUUUUCUCGCCGAGUAUACCAGCAGAAGGUAGACUUUACCAAACUCAAGUCCGAACUCCAGACUCUAGACAAAACAGAGGUCACUCGAGUCACAAACGAACAUGAACGUCUCAUGUCUGAUCUUGAAAAAGUUCGUCAGAAGUUCAAAGAGCAAAUCGCAAAGUCACGAGCAAACGUCCGACUGGAUCUAAACCUUGAAAAGGGUCGUAUUCGUGAAGAGUCUGCCAUCCAUGAACUUAAAAUCAAGGAGACUGAUACUCGAAUUGACCAGGAACUAGCCAAUUUCAAGACCCAGAUCGAAGGAACCAAAGUGCAGGUUGCUCAAUGGCUUAUUGGUGUCUGUACCGGUACAUUUGCCAUUGUUCUGGCAUAUAUGCGUCUCAUAGCAUAG